UCGGAAAUCCCCUCCCAUAGUACGUAGUAGAUCUGCUUCUCCGAUCCGAUACCCUCGUUCUAGUCUUCUAGAGUAGUAAAUCUUGUUCGAGCCAAAACUUCUUGGCUCGACCGCCGCGAGUUCCGGCGAUCUCUAAUCUCAUCUUCCUCAACCAAUUUCUGCGACGAAAUUGAUAUCAGCUUUACUACUUGGACUACAGCGAAAGUUGAGAUUUGCGGCUCCUUUUACAUUUCAUUUUUUAGGACUAAGGUCAUUGCUCUUCAGAAGGCUGAAUUUAAUAUUAGAGUGACAAAAUGGUUUCUUUUGAGCUUAAUGACACAAAAAAGAUUGGCAUAGGACUGACAGGGUUUGGUGUCUUUUUCUCCUUUUUGGGAAUCAUUUUCUUCUUUGAUAAGGGGCUCUUAGCCAUGGGGAAUAUCCUGUUCAUAGCCGGAUUGAUGCUAACCAUUGGAUUGAAAUCUACCAUGUUGUUCUUUGCUAAGCCUAAGAAUUACAAGGGUACAAUUUCAUUUGGUGUUGGGUUCUUCCUACUCUUGAUAGGAUGGCCUUUCUUUGGCAUGAUUUUGGAGGCAUAUGGUUUUAUAGUUCUCUUCAGUAGCAGUUCUCUUGCAGAGGCUUCCAAUUCUUGGGUGGAUUUUUCGGCAGCCUGCCGUGACAUCGUUCUUUACUGGUUACAGAGGAAAGCGUGUACCUGUGUGAUUACUAACAGUGGGGACAAAUACCUCCUAGCCUGUGCUACAAAUGCCAAAAAAAUAUAAAAAUAAAACAAUAAUAUUUGGAAGAAUGCUCCACUUUUAUUCUAGAUAGCAUGAUAAAGCGUGUAUCUGUGUGAUUACUCCGUUUUUCCAAUCUGACUUGUUCAUUGUACAGUAUUCCUAUUUUUUUUUAAUCUCAACAAAGUUUGUUUACCCAAUUUAUGUUGGUAGAAAACUUAUGGUUUGGCUUUUGA